UUAGAAGUCAGAGAAGUUCAGAAUCUUGUUUGGGAAACAAGCCAUCUAUUAAUAAAUAGGUAGGAAGGAAUAUUUUCUACGGUUUGUUCUUUACGAUGUUUUCUUGCUUGCUUCUGAAACAGAUCCUGCUCAUGAUAUUAACAGGUUGCUUCACAACAUAUGCUGAAACUGUCAUACAAGGAAGUGUGGGUGAAAACAUCACUUUACCCUGUCAUUAUUCAGUUAAGGAUAAUGGACUCACAGAUACAUGUUGGGGACGAAGUUGCCCUUCAAUGGGUAGUUGUUCCAAGAAAAUGAUUAGCAUUAAUAAAAAAUUGGAGAUACAUGGGCGACUCCAAAAAUACCAUCUAAUGGGAAGUGUCAGUCAAGGAGAUGUAUCUCUGACUAUUGCUAACAUUACAGAAGAUGAUGUGGGGACAUAUUGUUGUCGAGUGGAAUACGAUGGCUUGUUCAAUGAUGGGAAAAUGCUUUUCAAAUUACUGAUCAAGGAAGCAUCGCUUCAUACAACACCUAUAUAUUUUACUACAUCUAAUUUUGUUUCUGAACCAACAUCGGUAGUUAUUAGUGAAUCUCCACUUAAUGGUGUGUGUGGGGGGGAACCAUUCUCUGAGAGAGAGAGGAGGAAAGUUCUACAUGCGGUUUGCUUUCAAGUUCGGUUUAAUAUUUCAUUAUAUACGUCUAUAAUGGUGAAGAAGCAAGGGAAGAAUUUACUUUAUCAGAUAGGCCUAUACUUUGGAAUUGGAUGGUGUGUACUUCUAUUUGCCAUUAUAAUCCUGCUACUUAUAAAGCGGUGUCGAGACAAGAAGAAGAUGACAAUUAAUUCUACAAGUCAGGUGGCAUUUACAAAUUCAGCAACUGAAGGCAUUCCGUAUGUUGUCAGCGAUCAUGUCCGUGCGCCAGAAAAUAUUUACCACUGCUUUGAAUAAUUACGUGAGCAGACUCAUUUCGACGAAGACACUGUAUUUGGAUCAGCAUAUUUGGCAAACAGAUCUUGUAAUAGACGUAUAUAGAUUCAAGCUUUUGUUUUUAUUAAUGAAAUCAAAUGAAUGUAUAGAGAAGGUGAAGAGAAUCUGUCACACAAUUUUUCAGAAGAAAUAUUGUGCCUUGUUUAGCAUCCCUCCCUAUUAAAACCAUGAAGGAGAGCGCCAGUUUCAGAUGGUGCUCCAAUACCCAGUUCUCCUUUCUUCUGACACUAAGCCCAGUGUCCUGGGCUGCUUGUUUGUCAUCCAUCUUCCACAGGUAGAGACAAACUGCAUUAGUGCUUUACUUAUUUGCUUUCUCUUACUAGCUGAAAUUCGGUGAAAAACAAGCAGCCAUGGGAUAGCUGGUUAGUACAAAAUUAUGAGCUCAUGUUUGGCUGUUAUGGCCCUAUGAAGUUGGCGCAUACUGACCUAUUACAUCCUCUUUUGAGCAUUUGGAUGGGAUAUAGAAAUGUAGGUAAUACAGUGCUGAUGGACUUAACCUCAGUUGACAUUUUUGGGCAUAAGGUAUUGAUUUCACAAGAUAUCUCUUCAUUAUUAUGAAAUUCAGCCACAAUUUUUGAAGGUGCAAUAAUAUGUUAUAGAUUUCUCAGGCAUUUCUUAUUGUUUCUCAAUGAAACUCAGUUUACCAUCCAUUGGUUAUUCAUGCCUUUUGAUGUAGUGUGCUGUACUUCUCCCAUAUAGGUUAUUUUGCUAUCUUGUUUGCACUGAGUAUGAAUCAUUUCUGUAUCUUGCUUUUCUUUGUCAUUUAUUGUUCCCUCAUUCCUGUGAGCCAGGUUUGCAAAUGAAUGUAAAUAAUAUUUUUUUUAAAAAAAAAAUGCUUUUAUUUCUGUAUUACCAUUACCAUAGGCCAAAGGCCACAACUAAUAUAUCCAUAGGAAUAAGGGAUGCAUAGUAGAUUGAACCAUCUAAUAUUUGGAUGGAGAUGCUUCUUUGAGAGUUUGGGGGGGAUUAUAUUUUUUUAAAAAAACUAUGACAUGCCUACAUCUCCCAGUUUUCCAUUUCAAAAUAACAAGAAAAUAUGCACUACUUUUCAAGAAUUAUGGCCACUGCUAUCCUGCUCUGGAAUGGGGUUUUGAAGUGUGGUCCUAAGGUCACAAAUUGCUCUAAUACCAUCACUCAGAUGAUGCACUUGGAUUUAUAAUAUUUGCUAGGUUAUAUGUCUGCAUUUUAUUUUUCAUUCUAUUGUCUCUUCCCAAUUGAGGCAGACUUUUCUUCCCAUUGUACAUAGUUCACAUUUUUUUUCUAGAUUUGUCAUUCUUUGAUAACUAACACAAACCUAAGCAAUACUGAUGCUACUAUAUUUCAGAUGAUGUUUCCUCUAAUGAUAAAAAUUAUGUGUAUUCUUUAAGUGGUCACUGAAUUAUCUUUGUUGGACAGUAAAUAUUUUUUUAAACAACACAGAAAUUGAUAGAAAAUUAUAAUUAACAAGGAUUUUGUUGUAUUACUGUCUGAUAUAGAAUGCUACUAAAACAACCAAGUAUAUUUUGAAGUUGCAGUAUAACAUAUGCUUUAUACACUUUCCCCCAUUAUCAUUUCCAGUGCCAUCUUUCCCACUAGAAAGGUGCUAGAAAAGGUGGUCCAAUAUAUUGCUCUCAUAGGUGCUGUGUGUUUUCAGUACUAAAAAUUUGAGUUUUCCUUAUUAAUUAGUUUUGAUGAUUUCAUGUUAAGUUAAUUUUCAAACUGGAUAUAAAAACCAAGAAGUUUCCUUUAAAGUUUUUGGCAUUGACCAUUACAGAACUUGCUAAAGUCACAUGUUAGAAAGUGAAAAUAAGAACUACAUUUUAAUGUAAUGUGUUGUUAAAGAAGUAAGGAACAAAAACAGGGAACAGGACUUUUUCUGAAUACUUUUGCUUUUUUAGCUGGGGAAAAAGGGAGACAUUUACAGGAAAAAAACAUACUGAAGUGAUAAACUUGACACUUUUUAAAAAUUGUAAUACAUUAGAAAAAAUGUCUCUUAUGUCUAAUGUAGAGUAGGACUGGAUCAAAACAGCCCCAAUACUUACCAAUCCAAAAGUCAUAAUAUAUUUUGAAUAACAUGACUUUGCUACCAUCCAGAUCAACUCAGUGACCCAACCAUGUUUUUAAAUCCCUACAGAAUGCCUGAAGUCCAAGAAUGUGAUAUAUUAAUGUAGCCAUGAGUUUUUCCAGGUUUACUUAGAAAUGAUUGGGAAUAGCUUUUAAUGUAGCUGUUUUAGCAAUUCAGCAAGAGAAGCUUGCAGUGUUAUAUUGUACAUUCUAUGUAUUAUUUUAAUCCCUUCAAACAUUUCUUUAAUAA